AUGUAUGGAGAAUGGAAAGGAAGAAAAAAAAACAGUACAUCAAAAGCAGAAUCAAGUUUCCGAUAUAUUAUUAUUCCAGAAGAAAUCGUCGUAGAAAUACUCUCAAGAUUACCCCUCCAUUAUCUUCUCCGAUUCAACUGUGUUUCCAAGCGAUGGCGUUCUUUGAUCUCUAACAUAUCCGCCGCCAAAACUGGAUCACCGACGGUUCUCACUGUAUCCAAAUCGAAAGCACAUUCCUUUUCACCUCAAUCCAUUGACCAACACCAACAAGAAGUUCAAGUGAAAAGCAUUGAUGUUCCUUGGGACGUCAAGAACAAAUACUUUGACAGCUUUCGAAUCUUAGGAUCAUGUAACGGGCUGUUGCUUAUGAAUAUAGACGAGGAUUUAUUCUUGUGGAAUCCGCUGUCUACAUUCUUCAAAAAAGUCCUAGCAUAUUUCAGAUUGGGUGAUGAGGACUACAGUGCUUGUUCCGGGCUUUGCUAUGACUCCACCAAUGACGAGUACAAGGCCGUUCUUGCGCUUACCCGUGAGAGUCCAGGUUAUGUCGGUCAAUUCGUUGUGGUUGGUAGUUUCAGAAGCAAAAGUUGGACAGUGGUUGAUAUCCCCUACACGACACGUUCAGUGAAUUCGGGGCCCAUAGUCAACGGAAAUCUUCACUGGUUUGCUUCUAAGAACGAUUCAGGUACUCAUUUCCUUUCACCCCACCAAAUUAUUUGCUUCAAUGCCCAUACAGAUAAAUUCGAGGAGGUACAAUUGCCAGAGCCUAGAGGAGAGGAGGGAGAUAUCAUUUGUGGAUUGGGAGUUUUGGAUGGAUGCCUUUGUAUGUCUCGAUCUGGCUGCCCAGGCAAUAGUGAAAGCAAUGUUGAGGUAUUGAUAAUGAAAGAAUACGGUGUGAAAAAUUCUUGGGCUAUCCGAUUCGUCAUUUCACAUGGUUUUACCUUUAAUCACUAUGAUAUGUUAGUGCCAUUAGGUUAUACUAAGAAUGGUGAAGUUAUAACUGAGGUUUACGUGGAUUACGGUUGGCAUAUAAGGGCGUUCAAUAUGACUGACAAUUCGCAUAGGAGAAUUUCAAUUGCAGAGGACGGUUGGCAUAUAAGGGCACUCAAUAUGACUAACAAUUCCCGUAGGAGAAUUUCAACAGCAGGGGAGGACAUCUAUUUUCGUACUGUUGCGCAUGAGGAAAGUUCGAUUACACCUCCCGACUACGAUUGGGAAGAGGAAGAGCGGAAAGGAGAAGCGACAUAUGUUGAACAACGUUAUCAUAAGUACCCGCUGAAAAUGAAAAAGGGCAAGGAGCCAAGGAUGGUUACUGGACCUAGAAACACAUAG